UAAUAACAUAACAUAAGAAUAGUUUAUAUGAACACGCAAGGUAAGUUAAGGAGACCAAAGGAAGAAGAAGAAGUAGUGGAGUGAUCCUGGUUGGGUGUGAAAAAUGUCGCACAGCGAUACCAUACCCCUUCACCCAUCUUCCCAAUCCGACAUUGACGAGAUCGAGAACCUCAUCAAUGCCAGCGUUCACCAAUCAGUCCCUUCGGCGAGACCUCCCAGUCCCCCACGCGCCUCCAUCCCCGUCUCCGUCUCCGCCGCCCCUUCCCCCUUCAUCUCCUCCAACCUCCCUCCACCGCCACCCCUCCCUAAAUCCUCCGUCUCCGCCGUCCCUCCGCCCCCUCCCCCGCCGCGCGCCGACAUCUCCUCCUCCGGGUUCGGCUCCGCCCCCAACACGCUCACUGAGCCCGUCUGGGACACCGUGAAGCGCGAUCUCUCGAGAAUCGUGAGCAAUCUGAAGCUCGUUGUGUUCCCCAACCCUUUCCGCGAGGACCCCGGUAAGGCCCUCAGGGAUUGGGAUCUGUGGGGCCCUUUCUUCUUCAUUGUCUUCCUCGGCCUCACCCUCUCUUGGUCUGCCUCUGUCAAAAAGUCUGAGGUUUUUGCUGUUGCAUUUGCUUUACUUGCUGCUGGCGCUGUAAUUUUGACAUUGAACGUACUUCUUCUGGGUGGACACAUUAUUUUCUUUCAGAGUCUGAGUCUGUUGGGUUAUUGCUUGUUCCCUCUGGACGUCGGUGCAUUAAUUUGUAUGUUGAAGGACAAUGUCAUAGUGAAAGUGGUUGUUGUGUGUGUGACAUUGGCUUGGAGCUCUUGGGCUGCAUAUCCUUUCAUGAGUUCUGCAGUCAACCCCAGGAGAAAAGCUCUUGCACUCUACCCAGUUUUUCUCAUGUAUGUAUCUGUUGGUUUUCUCAUCAUUGCCAUUGACUAAAUGCAUCAAUGCUUCUGAUUUCUUUAUUACGAUAACCACCUGGAAUCUGCUUCUAAAUAGGAAUUUUUGUUUGAUGAUCAACCAUUUUUUUUUAAUUCUUUUCUGCCCCUCCUUUUUUCUGUUUAAAAUUUGGUUAGAUAUAUUUGAAGACAAACAGUUGUAUAAUAUUACGUGGAAAGUAUAUGGUGGGAUCAAACUUGCUACAUAAGUAUUGUUUCUCUUUCUAUUAUGUA